GAAAAACUAUCCCUAUAUGAAAGUGUUUAGUUGUUAGUGUCGUAUCGGUUUAAUCUGUCCAGCUAUAGCCGCAACUCAUUCCUUAAUAAGGUAAAAAAACGCUCCAGUAACCAAGGAUGACCGGUGGAAUCGUUUGAAAUUAUGGGAUGCACCGCCGGGAAAAACCUUACAAUUACUCCUAUAGAAUCCAGUCAAAAUGGACCCGAGAAGGCUGUCAAGACAGAUAUUCCAGACCAAUCCAAACCAGAAUUGGAUAUACAGCCUGGGGAAAUCGAAAAUGGCCAAGCGGUUGUAAAUAAUGUACAAAAAGCUGAGCACGGAUUGUCGUUCGAUAUAACAUUUGAGCCGCCAGAUGAGAAAACUGAGCCGAUAACCCAAAUUAACCCUCCAAAAAGGAUUUUGGAACUGCAAGCUUCCGAACCCAAGGAAAGCGAGCUGACUCUGGAAAAAUUACAGGAAAAACUGGAUGAGGCCGAAGUUAGGAGACAACAAAUUCUACAGCAGCGAACCCUACAAUCAGCGAAUUUAUUAAAGAAGCAGCAAGCCCAAGAUUCCACUAAGCCAAUGGAGUCUUUUGAUGAAUCUCUUUGAUUUUUAUAAUUUUUUUUAUGUUGAUAUGUUUCAAUAAAAGUUUUUACGCC